AACCUGUUUGCUCAUGUGAGUCUCUAUAAAGACAGACAGCCCCAGCAUGAUAUACAGAACUCAUUUCCUCUCUGCAAGGAGUGAACACAGGAACAUAACACAGACCAUGCUGGGGGCUGCACUACUCCUCUUGGCACUGCAGUGCCAGGUGCUAGAAAUACAUGGACUCCCAAGAGGGCAGAAGUAUGAAGUUGUCUUUCCAGAGAAAAUCCAUUCUUGGCACAAGAGGGACACAGAUAGCACGUAUCCAGAUCGGACCCAGUACAAGUUUUACAUGGAGGGGAAUCAUGUACAUUUACACCUCGAGAAGACAGAAGGAUUGUUAGCAAAAAAUUACACAGAGACCACAUAUCUGGAUAAUGGGACUCGAGUGACAACCAGCCCAGAGAAUCAGGAUCACUGCUGCUACCAGGGAUUUAUAAAGCAGGAUGUUGAUUCUCGAGCCAUUAUCUGUACAUGUGAUGGACUUCGUGGUGCCAUUCAUACUCGUAAUCGCCGAUUUUUAAUUGAACCUCUCAAUCAGACAGACGAUGGAGGACAUGUUAUAUAUGAAGAAAAAGAGACCCCCAAAACCUGUGGUGUAACCAAUACAACUUGGACAGAGGGACGGGUUUUUAAAUCUUCCCGAUCGGGUAACAAUGCUGAGAAGCAAAAAUUCAUGAAUUCUCAAAAGUAUGUCAAGCUAUACCUUGUGGCAGAUAAAGCAAUGUGUGAGAAAUAUAACAAAAGCAGUGAAGUCAUCAAACAAAGAUUUUUUCAGAUGAUGAAUUAUGUCAAUGAGGUGUAUAAGCCAAUGGGAACAUUUGUGGCGCUCGUUGGGAUAGAAUUCUGGAAUAAAGCGGAUUUGUUUGAAGUCGCAACCUCAGCCUCCAUCGAUCUUGACCGGUUCUGUACAUGGAGAAAGCAAGUUUUGCUCCCAAGACAGUAUCAUGACAAUGCCCAGUUUGUGACGAGCACAGAUUUUGAUGGCGCCACAGUUGGUUUGGCUUUUGUGGGUACUAUAUGUUCUGAAUCCCAUUCUUGUGGUGUCAUUCAGGAUCACAGCAACGCCGCCAUAUCUGUCGGUGCCACAAUUGCCCAUGAAAUGGGACACAACCUGGGGAUGAAUCAUGACACCCGCACCUGUGAUUGUUCUGCUGAUUCCUGUAUCAUGUCGCCCGUUCUGAGCUAUAACACCCCCUAUCUCUUCAGUUCCUGCAGUCUUACAAACUUCCGGGAGUUCAUUUAUGACCAGAUGCCUGCGUGUAUGCAAACUGAGCCAUUAAAAGAGUUUAUUAAGUCCCCUUCUUUUUGUGGCAACAAAUUCACAGAGCUGGGCGAGGACUGCGACUGCGGCAAUGAAAAGGAAUGUACCAAUCCUUGCUGUGAUGCUGCUACCUGCAAAUUCAAAAAUAAAGCCAAAUGUGCAGAUGGAGAAUGUUGUGAGAAUUGCAAGAUCAAGAAAGCAGGCACUGUGUGCCGACCUGUAAAGGAUGAGUGUGACCUUGCAGAUAUGUGUGAUGGGAAGACUCCAGAUUGUCCAUCUGAUCGUUUCAUCUUUAAUGGACAUCCCUGCAAUGAUGGCCAGGGCUUCUGUUACAAUGGGACGUGUCCAAGUUUGGUAGGCCAGUGCGUGGGCCUAUGGGGAGCAGGUGCUUCAAUAGGACAGGACUUUUGUUUUAAAUACAAUCAGAGAGGCACCAACUAUGGAUACUGCCAGAACAUUGACAAUAAAUAUGUGCCAUGUGGGGAAAAAGAUGUAAAGUGUGGAGUGCUGUACUGCUCCGGAGGAAGCAAAGAUCCCAAAAUAAAUGCGGCUGUUGCUACAAUUUCCACCUGUAAGGGGGUUUUACAUUCGGAGGGAAUGGUGAAGAAUGGAGUAAUGUGUGGAGAAGGAAUGGUUUGUUACAAUGGGAAAUGUGCCAGUGUAAACGGUGCCUUCCGCUCAACAAACUGUUCUGCCAGCUGCCCAGGACAUGGGGUUUGUGACCAUGAGCUGCAGUGUCGGUGCCAGGAAGGUUGGGCACCCCCUUUCUGUGACUCCACCUCUGAUACCAAUAUUGUACUCAUCGUUGUUGUGGUCUUGAUCGCCGCGGCUCUGAUAGUUGGACUGGUGUUAUUGUUGGUGUUCCGCAAGAAAUUUAAGCAGUGUGGACAAAAAUCUACAUCCGGAAUAUCAGGUGCUACAAAUCCAGCAUACAUCGACCAAAAGGCACAGAAAAAGGCUCGCUCUAAUCAAUCCCCACCACAGCCACAGAGCAAAGAUGGAUAUUGGGCCCCACAGUAUGCUGUGACUACAUCAGUAGAAAUAGGUAAAAAUUCCCCGGCACUACAGAGGCCAACCACAGCUCCACCACCUGUACCAGCCAUGGCACCACCACCUGUCGCCAAACCAGCUACAGCUCCACCACCAGUACCUGCUGCCAAACCAGUACCAGCUACAGCUCCACCACCAGUACCUGCUGCCAAACCAGUACCAGCUACAGCUCCACCACCCGCACCUGCUGCCAAACCAGUACCAGCCCUGGUUCUACCACCUGUACCUGCCACCAAACCGGUACCAGCCACAGCUCCACCACCGGUACCUGCUGCCAAACCAGUUCUUCCCACUCCCCCAACAAAGGCACUGAAGCCCCCGGUAAAAAAAUAACAAGGACAAUAAAGGAGCUUAUUUGAAAUGCUCUUUAAUGUUUAUGACUUGAAUAGCCCUGUGUGGACGGACAGCCAAACUACAAGUCAAGGAAAAGCUCAAGUGCAGUACACAUUUCUGAGGGUUGCAUUAAUGGACUCUGUAAAAACGUUUUUUUUUUCCCUGGCAAUUUUUUUUUCAUAUAUCGAAGCAUAUUUUUUUACUGUUUUUAAAAACAAACAAAAAAGCUUUUUAAUAUAGGAUCAAACAUGUUUAUUUACACUGUGCAAAAAAAAAAUCUAUGUUUAUGAGUCAUGUGAUUGAGGUUAAAUACAAAAAGUGUACAUACUGCUUUUAACGAAUGUAUGAAAGGUUAUAUAUAUAUUUUUUUUUUACAGGGAUAGGCUCUUUAAAUUGACCCUGCCGCCAGACCAUUCAUUUCAAAAACAAUUAUCCUGUAAAGAUUAUCCUAUGCAUUUAAUGUAUUUUAUGCAUGUUAUGUACCUGUAAAAGCCUCCCUUGGAUAGACAUCCAAAAGCCUGUAGACUACAGCUUGAUGCCACCAUCUUGGAUGUGAUGUCAGCAGCCCUAGCAGACUCAGAACGGUCUUGGGAGUCUCCUUAAAGUGGCAAUAAAUACUCUCCUGCUGCUUACACCACUCCAUUGAAGAGAAAUCCCUGGCUGAAGUUUAUUUGAAAAAUAAAACUUCCAGCAUUGUUGGUCUUCUGCCCCCCUUCCAUGUUCAGUGGAUCUUCCUGCUGACCCCAAUGUCCUACAGGACACAGCACUGACUUUGGGUAGGCAGGAGAAAUUACCAAGUGCUAAGUUUUCUUUUCAAUGGGGCAAAAUUGAGUUACUAGGACAGCAGGAGAGGCAAGUAUUUGCUUUUCCUUUCUGGGACAGUAUUUGUUGUCAUGUUAAAUUAGACAACAUGCUCUACUUAAACGGUCUAUGGAAAAGGGGACUAUGUCCCACAACUGAAAAUGUAAUUUUAUAUAAGAGAGCUAGCUGCUCAUAAGCAAUCACAGGUGUGCGUAUAAAGAUGUAGCCACCUCUAUUAUGUCUUUUACCCAAAACCAAUUCAUAAAAACAAUGCUUUUUAUUUGAAGGGCCCUUUACAUUAAAAAUAAGCCCCUACGUCUUCUUUUACAGACUGUUUAACAUGAGUUGCUUUUUUAUUUCAUUUGUAAAUACUGUCAGUAGCUGGCUUCACGGAGGACAAAUAUGUCUUGCGAUGAAUUAUGUUAUUCCAGGGUUUAUGUUCUACAGCCUGUUACAUUCCUUCAAAUUGUGGUGCAAUAGGCACUACUGUCUUCAGAACUUUUUGAUAAGAAUUUAUUGUUACGGGAUCCUAGGUCUCUGUAGUAAGAGGCCACAAUUUUUACUUUGUUUAUUGAAAUGUUUAUAUUUAUGCGUCACUUGUAAAUAAUAAAACUAUAUUUAAAUAUC